AUGUCCAUGGAACUUCACCUGGGCUUAAGUUUUUACGAACUUCGCCGGACUUGUAACGUGGUCACGGCACGCGAGCAGUUCCGCUGGUACCUGGACGCGGGGCCACCCCCGAACUUGGGCCCGGCCAGAGACCUCGUGGCCGACCUCGUACUCUCCGAGUCCGUUCCUCCAUGCCGCGCGGUGCCGCUGGCGGUGGCCGGCUGCGGUGCAGUCGCGCUGGGGCUGGCCUAUCAGUGGCGACCGGUCCCGGCGCCCGGCUUCUCGGCCGCUCCGAGGCGGGAAGCGGCCCAGUUCGGGGCCGAUCCCAGCGCAAGCCGCCGGCGAGCCGCCCGAAGCGAGCAGCAAGUCGAGCGCGAGCGCCACGGCAGGCGGAGGGCGGCUCACGGAGGCGGAGCCGGAGCCGGCGAAGGUGCCGGAGGCGGCUGCAAAGCCGGCAGGUUGGCAGGUUGA